GCCAACGCCGCUUCUGAAGCUUCGCGCCUGCGCGGCACCGCCCGAAGCCACGCCCCGCGCCGCGCGCACCCGGAAGUCGGGGCGGAAAGCUUGCGUCAUCGGCGAACGCCGCGGUCCGAGCCGGAGGCGAUGGAGGUAGGGCAUCCAGCCUGGACGGUACGCGUCUGGGCUGUGGGGAGCCGUGCGCUGGGGCCCGGUCCCCGCGGCCGCCGUGACCAUCCCUCGGACGCCUGCAGCCAGGCGAGGCGGCAUCUGCUCGCCGGGUGCGCGGCCGGCGUCCUGGCCUUGUCGCCGUCCGGGACCCCCGAGAGUCCGGCCGGCUGCGCUGCAGUGGCGUCUGGCUAGCAGCCGGGCCUGGAGCGGGAGGUGCUUCCCUGAGCCGCCUGCGUCUAGGCUCCCGGAAGCCCUACUCGGUGAUUAUGGGCCAGCGACGGUACUUCAUCCGGGGACAAAGAGAUGCUCCAUAUUCUGUCCUGGAAUUACUUUUUCUGGGUUGAAUACUUGGCUCAGCGGUUAAGAACACUGUUCUUGCGGAGGACCCGGGUUCAAUCCCUGGCACCCACAUGGCGACUAACAACCGUGGGAAACUCGUUCCGGGGAAUCCGACGCCCUCGUCUGACCUCCGUGGGCAUUGCAUGACACGGAUUUUAAUAGGGGAUCCCAUUACCACAUGCCUUUCUCCUGUAGUGCAUGACAUGAUUUGUAACCUUGGGUUUGAACUCAGAGAAAAGUGUGAUAUCAAUAGCAUUGUGACUCAGAAUGGUGAAGUAUGCUGGAAAACAAUCACAGAUUGUGUGAGCUAUACAGAAUCAGGUCAGAGCCUGGAUUACUGGGAAAGUAUACAGCAGUUAGGCCCUGUCUGUGAAGCCGUCCAUCUGUAUAUCUUAUCUCUGACCAGGGAGCAGCUUGAAAUUCAGUAUGCGCCGUGGUUCCAGUGGACAAGUUUUCCAGAGCUGCUUCCUGAAAUCUUUGCUGCCUUGGAAAGCCUACACUUGCCUUCCAUCGCCCUUGGCAUGAUGAAACUGGCCUCAUGUCUGGAACGAGCCUUAGGCGAUGUAUUUUUACUGAUUGGGAAGGAGUGCCCCUUUCUUCUCAGAGACCUCCUUGCAUCUGCAGAGCUUGCUCAAGUCUUUGGGCGUCCUGUGAUGGACGUUCUGAAAAUCUUCAUUGGCUCUCCGUGUGGACUCAAUCUUCGCAACGUCUUGUGGCAUGGCUUUGCAUCCCCUCAGGACAUCCCUCCCAAAUACUGUUCAUCCAUGUUGGUGUUGACAGCAGGAUUGGGUCAGUUACUGAAGAGCUACCUUCACCAAAUGAAAGUCACAUUGGCACAUCGACCUUUGAUCACUCUUACAAACUUAGAGGAUUUGAUUGUUUUUCCUGCUGUUACAAAUGAGGUACUUUCUCUAGUAGAGAACGUGAUGAAGAAAUCUGCCAUGAUUUUGAAAAUCAUGUUACCAUACUGGGAACUGGCAGUGGUCAAAUUCAAGGUACACAGGUUUGCUGACUGUACAAUACUGUUGCUGUCACAGCUGGAGACUGGACUCAGGAGAGUGUUUACUGCAGUUAACAAAUGUCCAGAUAGACUCCUCACUGCUGAGUCAGCAACUCCUUAUACCACCUUUGAUGAAAUACUGGCAAAACACUUGAAUGAUGGCAGCAUCAACCAGGUUCCUCUUGUCCUCGGAGAACCUGCCAUGGAAUUCCUAUGGGAUUUCCUGAACCAUCAGGAAGGUCCCCGGAUACGUGAUCGUUUAAGCCAUGGGGAGGUCAAUUUAUGUGAAUUUCCGGAAGAUGCAGCAAGCCAACUCCUGGCUUUCUCCCUGGUGCUUUUGCUCAGAUUCACCGAGGAGGAGGUGCUGUCAGAGCUGAAGGAGGAAGCAGUAGUGCAGUUGUUGGUUAGCCUUGUUAAUGGCUACAGGUCCCGCUGCCACCCAGCUUUCCAGCUUCAAAAGCAGGUGUUGAGCUGUGAAAAAAGUCUCAGGAUGUGGCCUGUACUGCCUUUGCCAGAAGAGUCAUGUCAGGAAGCAGCCAGAUUGGAAGGUACUUCUGAAACACGUGCCUGUGACUCUUUAAUUAGCAAGAUUCUGUGUGAGCUCUGUCACCAUGUGCCUGGGAGUUGCUGUGCUGUCAGCAGAUUGGAUGGUCUUCCCUCAGAGAGGUGGCCCUGGCUGCUCAGUGAGCUCUGCAGCACACACAUUCCCACCCUGUUCUGCCCCAGAAUCAUUCUGGAAGUGCUGGUUGUCCUCCGAGGCAUAAGCUCCCAGUGCCAGCGGACAUCUGACCAGAUCGUUGCCUCUUUGCAGUUGAAGCACAGGCAGUGGGUAGAGCGGAAGCUGCACUCUCGCCAGCGGCAGAACUAUCUGCGCAUGCUCAGCAGUGUUAGACUUCUGUCUCCUGUGCUUUACCUGAUUUUGUUCCUCAUUGUACUGGAAUUAGUCAACAUUCAUGUUGUCUGUGGAAAAAGUGCUCAGGAAUAUCAGCAGUAUCUAAAGUUCUUAAAGUCAGUCUUAAAAUACACUGAGAACCUUGUGGCCUGCACCAGCCUGGAGAAGAACAAGUGGAAUGAAAGCAUCAGUCUUACACAUGGAGUUUUACUGAAAAUUUGGACUUUUGGUGAGAAGAAACAAAUGUUAAUACAGUUAGCCAGAAAUGCACAAGUUAAAUAACAUGAAAAUGCAAGUCAGGAUGCUUCUGGUUGUAGGAGAAAACACAAAUAGACUUCAACUGCAAAGCUGGGAUGGGUUCCAGAGCCGUUCUGAUCAGGACUCAAGUUGUGCUUCUCUGCAGCUUUCUGGCUUGCUAUCAGUGUGACCCUGAAGCUGGUCUUGGUGGCUGCAGCAGGCUUGGUUCCAUGUCCUCAUAAUGUACAUUGGAGGAUGUGUCAGUGCUUUGCUCCUAGUUGUCACCCGGAAACACAUGGCUUUGCUCUUGGUAGCUGCACAACUGUUCUUAACAGCAGUCCUUGUAGCUAGAGUCCAGCUGUGGGGGCAUGGAGGUCAAACUUAUUUGGAUGUGUGGACUAGUUACAGCUAUCCCUGGAGGCAGGAUAUCCCUGUGUGUAUCCUGUGGGUGAGCAUUGAACAGCAGCAGCCUAGAAGAUGGAGGUCACAAAUCGGGGAUGGGCCACAUGCCUUUAGUCAGCAUUGUCAGAAUUAAUUUUUCAACAUAGAGGCUGAGUGCAGCCCCCUGAAGAGUUGAAGGAGAGGAAAUCACUGAGUCCCGAGAGUUGAAAAGCCAUUUGUUGUCUGGGGAUCUGGGAAGACAGUCAACCAUAUUUGGCAGCAGCAAAGCUGGGGGCACUGAUGGACUCUAGGGAAACUGUGCUGCCUGCGUGUGUGUAUGCACUUAGCCAUACUGGCCUCAGUGGGUCAUAAUUUCUCAUUCCCACCUUCCAAGCCUUGUCUGGGUAUGGCCUGCAGCCACUCAAGGAAGAACUUUCUAUGACACAUACUGGGCUAUAGAGGAGACUUUGGGGGUGCUGUGGGGCAGCAGCACAUUCUGUCUGUCCCUUUGUGAUUCUACUCCCUCAUGAAGUCGACUUCUGGAUAAAAGAGUGAAAAUAUCAAGUACUGGGUAGUGUGGCAAUUUAGCCUGUGAUCAAUGGUUAUUUGUCCUCAUGGGAAGUGGAAGAAAGAACCGGUGGCAGAUAUAAUGUCAUCAGAACAUGGACACAACACCAGAGCUGCUGGACCUGGCAGGGAGUGAUACUUGAAAGUCUUUUCCCAUUACCCAGUCCUUGUUCUUUACCUCAGCACACCUCCUUGGGGGUGGUUCUUUGCUGGUAGGGUAACUCAGCCCUGUUCCUCAGGCCAUUGUUUGGGACCGUAAGUCUCCAUUGACUUAUUGCAGAACAUGGAAAUAAGUUUCCCCUGAGCGUACCUUGGGUUCUGGACAUGCUGAUUUCCCUUGUUCAAUGUUAGCUGCCCUUCUCCAGGGUAGCUGGGGUAGUCAUUGAGGCAGUUCUGACACUCCCUUUGUCUGUUACCUCACUGAUGUGUGCUCUCUGUCAGCCUAUAGAACAGUGGCACAUAAUUGUAUGCCUUUGAGGGUCUGUUCUGGAAGGAGCAUAUCCAGGACUGUUCUCAUUAGAGGUUCCCACUUAAACUUUUCCUGCUUUCCCAACCUGUGAGCUCUGACUGUGGCAAAACCACAUGUUGACUGUGGCAUAGAACACACGUUGCUUCCUGGUGGACACACAGCAGCUCACUCCAUGAGGCCUUGUCCUUCCUGCACCACAGCUGGGCUCUAUGAGGCUCUUUACCAAGUUCUCCAACUGGCUCUUUGAAGUAGUGGAGCACAUACUGAGAUCAACAGCCCAUAGACCACAUUGCUGACCCCUGAAAUGGGCCACUGGGAAGCUGUGCUGUGAGCUGUGCAUGCUUGAGGCUGUCAGCAAAGCCUGUGGACUCAUUAACCCUUCCAUGUGGGAGGCUGGCAUGGCCAGCGGCUGCCUAUACUUCCCAAUGCCUUUUUCAUUCUAGAAAGCAUAUUAGUCUGUUUUCAGUAGAUUGGUAGGUAGCAGAAACCAUCACUGGGCCAGCCUUGGAAUUAGAGCCCCUGUAGAUUAAACCACGUUUGGAUCUCUUCCCUGUCACCACAGCCAGUGUGAACCCAUUGGACAAGGAGAGUUAGGGUGAUCAGAGGAAAACUGCAGUCUGACCUGAUUACUGAGGGCAUGCUCAGCUGUGCCAGCCUUGAGCACCUGUGUGGGAGCACAGGCGUCUCCCACCUAGGUUCACAGUCCAUGUCACUUACAGUCCGUUUCCAGUCUUGGUCUUUCUAGACGCCAACCUUCCAGCCAAAUUUACCUGCGAUUCACUUCCAUGCCCCCGGCUUCUUCCAGGCAGAAUGACUGACUGGGUUUACUUGGUGGACAGGGCCCCUCACCGUUGCUCUAAAUUAGUCACAUGAGUGAGCUGAACUGCUACAGCCUUCAUCUUUGGUGGUGCCAGCAUCGUCUGCAGAAAUCAGAUCUAACUUUUACUUCAGGUAGAUGGUCACAGACUCCUCAGGCUGUAGGUGUGGCAUGAGGGUGUCAGAGAAGCAGUGUGGAUGCUAUGAUGACUGCACUGUCUGCUUUUAUCAUGUGCCUUCAGAACACUGAAUGAGAGUGUCCCCGUAAGCUCCAAGUAUUUGGACAUUUUGUCCCCAGUUGGUGGCGCUGGUUUGGGAGGUUUUAGGUGUGGCCAUGAUGAAGGAAGCAGGUCGCUGGAGGUGGGCUUUGAGAGUUCUUAAGUCUUGCCAGAUUUUCCAGUGAAUCUGGUUCUUGUGUCCGCUUGAAGAUGCGAAGGCUCGGCUUUUUGUUUGGCCACCUCUACCUCCGUGCCUCCCCUGCUGUUCUGGACUCUAACCCUUUGAACCAUAAACCAAAUAAACUCUUCCUUCUAUAA